AACAGACCCUAAUUUCUUGACGAGUCAUCAUGAGGAGUCAUUUCAGUAGAGACUGGGAACAAGUCUAUUUUCGGAUACUCAUCGGCAACUCAUCGGUUACAGUCGGUAUAGCUCGUAUUUGUGUCGAGUGACGUAAUUUGCGACCUCCAUCUAUUUUGGUCAUCGCGAAUAGUCAUAGACACCUUGAAGAACUCUGUAUUUGCCUAAAAUGUAGCUGUUUCGUGCUUACAAAUGGCUGUGUUAGUUAACACCUUCUCAAAGCAUGCCACAGACGUCACGUCAUGCAGUUUUUCGCCUAACAGCAAAGUUUUAGCCUCCAGUUCUGGCGAUAAAACCGUGCGACUGUGGAACAUCGAGGAUGGAAGUGAAGUCUCUAUAUCACCUUUGCUUGGGCAUUCGUACGGGGUUAAUUCUUGCCGUUUUUCGCCGUUUGGAACUUUACUCGCUACAGCCUCGACAGACUGUAAUGUUCACCUUUGGGAUGUUAACACAGGCUCUGUGAUCGCUGUUCUUCAGGGGCACAAAAGCGGUGUUCGCGUUUGUCGCUUCUCGCCGAACUCUCGAUUUCUUGUGACCGGCUCCGCAGAUGAAACGUUUUGUAUUUGGGAUGUUUCCUCGAGAAAGCUUAUCCGGUGCGUGGAAAGACUGGAAAGUAGUGUACUGACUUGUUGCUUUACGCCAGAUAGCUUGCAUAUAAUAACAGGAACAAGUAUGGGAGAUUUGUGCGUCUGGGAUGCCCAGAGUGGAAAGUUGAUGAAGUUGUAUGCAGAAGGCCAUGAUAUGGGAGUUGCAGAUUGUUGUUUUUCGCCCACUUUUGGAUCAGCUAACCCUGCUUUUCAAGACACAAGUGGUAGUGCCCCACAUUUCAUGCUAGCUACUGGUGGAAACGAUAACCUUGUGAAGCUUUGGGAUAUCUUCACUGCGUCAGCAUUUUCAGAAGAGUGCCAUAUACGGAAACGUUGUUCAUUAAGUGGUCAUCAAGGGCCGGUUCAUGGAGUGGCCAUGUCUCCUAAUGGCAAAAUACUGGCGUCAGGAUCUUCAGACAAGUUAGUUAUCCUCUGGGAUCCAGUAAUGGGAGUAUCAUUACUAACACUGGAUGGACACACUAGGUAUAUUACUUGCUGUACUUUUUCUUUGGAUGGUAACUGGCUAGCUACAGGAUCCAACGACAGAACAGUGAAGCUAUGGAAAGUUUGUCUUACUUCAAGUGGUGAACUGGACCAAUCAGGCAGAUAUUGUGGUGCAAGGGAGACCGUACAGGUACCACCACUGCAAAAACAAGAACCUCAGGUAAUUUAAGGGACACUGACUGUGUUAAAAAAAAAAAGAAAUAUUGAUGCGAUCAAUGGAGUAUGGUAACUAUUGUUAUGGUCUCAGUAUGAAGAAGUUUCCUAAAAUUAUUCAAACUAAUCAAUCAGGAUCCUUUGCCUUAUUAAAGUGAUAAUGUUAUUAACUGUCAUCAGUAACUUAGAAAAACUCAGAGUUUCUUCAGUGGCAUACAUUUAGACCAUGUACAAACAGCAGUACAGUCAAGUUGAAAUCAAUUAAUUAAUACUAUGUUGUUUGUACUUCUCACUGUGUCAAGAAACAAAAUGUAGUAAACUGUAAUGUCUUCACUUGUUAGAAAUUGACAUGUUCAACUGCGCAGUUGCAAAAAUUGUUUUGCAUGGUCAAUAUUUAUGUUUUUGUUU